AUGGGUUUACUGACCUGGCUGAGACAGGAGGCCCAGCUGAAGAAGAUGGUUCUGGUUAUUGUGUUUCUUGCCUUGUUCCUGGAUCAUAUGCUACUGUCAGUUAUUGUUCCAAUCCUUCCAAAUUACCUGUACAGUACUGGCCAGGCUGCCAAUACCACUUCUGGGAACAGCACUAUCAUAACAGUCAAUCCUCCCAUCAUCCAGUCACUCAGUAACAGAUCAGUGAUUCUGGGCUCCACAUUUGGACCUCCACAUCAGAACACAACUCUUUCCAGUGAUCCCAGUGUGGCCCUGAAAUCUCCUGAGUCAAACUGCUCUGAUGCAGAUCCUCAGCUGGACGAAGUAAAUAUCAAAAUAGGACUGCUGUUGGCCUCCAAGUCCAUGGUACAGCUUAUCAUUAACCCCUUCAUGGGGCCACUUACUGACAGGAUUGGAUACCACAUCCCAGUGUGUGCUGGUUUCUGCAUAAUCAUCAUCGCUACCUUUUUGUUUGCCUUUUCAUCCAACUACAUCCUACUGCUGCUGGCCAGAUCCGUGCAAGGUGUAGGUGGAUCCUGCUUGUCUGUGGCAGGAAUGGGUAUGCUGGCUGAUGUGUACAAAGAUGUCGAGGAGAGAGGGCGUGCAAUGGGUAUAUCCUUCACUGGUUUGGCCUUAGGAUUGAUAGCGGGUGCUCCAUUUGGCAGUGUGAUGUAUCAGUUUUUGGGGAAGAUGGUUCCAUUCCUGGUCCUGGCUGCCAUUGCUGUGUUGGGUGGAGGUUUACAUGUCCUCAUCUUCAAGCCAUCGCAGGUGCAAACACAGAUGGCAAAAGGGACUCCACUGCUGACUCUCCUCAAGGAUCCAUAUAUUCUCAUUGCUGCUGGAGCCAUAUGUUUUACAACUCUGAUUAUUGCUACCAUAGAGACAGCCCUUCCUGUCUGGAUGAUGAAGACCAUGUGUGCCAGCAAAUGGCAGCUAGGCACAGUCUUCUUGCCAGACAGCUUAUCCUACCUCAUUGCAUCCAACAUCUUUGGUCACCUGUCACAAAAACACAGUGUAAGUUGGCUAUGUGCUUGUGUUGGAAUGGUCGUAGCUGGAAUAACCACGAUUUCAUUUGGAUUUUCCAAGAACAUCUAUCAUCUGCUUGUUCAGAAUGCAUUUGUUGGCUUUUCAAUUGGCAUCGUGGACUCCUCACUUAUGCCUCUUAUGGCUUACUUGGUGGACCUGAGAUAUGUGCCAGUAUAUGGUACAGUUUAUGCCAUUGCUGAUGUUGCAAUCUGCGUUGGAUUCUGUAUAGGUCCAGCUAUUGCAGGUCCUAUAGUGGCAUCAAUUGGCUUCCCCUGGCUCAUGACCCUAAUUGGAGCCGUAAAUAUUAUCUUCGCUCCACUAUGUAUCUUCCUUUUCAAUCCACCUCUGCAGGACGAACAUUUGUUCAUGCUGCUCAAACUGCCUGUUGAGCCAUCUGACUUGUUUGUGCCUGAUGCAUCCAUGAUGAUUCAGCAGGGCCAGGAAGAGGGCAGGAGCUGCAGCAGCCCAAGCAACCUCAGCCUGCUUGGGGGCAGGAAGAUCUGCGGGGGCCGGCUGGACGCAGCACGCCUCAGUACAAGUGGUGCCAUUGGCUCUUCUACACAUGCGUCCAGUCCAGAGGCAUCUCUUCAGCCCAGGGCUCUGUCCAUAGAGACAACUGCAGGCAGCAGUGCAGCUUUGUACGGACCUCAGGUGGUGGCAGGAUCCAGCCAACAUCUCGAGGGUGAGUAUGCUUGGUCUAGUACUUGGCCAGGUACUCUCUACGGAUGUGUCCCUGGAGGGGUGGGCACACUCCAUGAGGGCAGGGGCACCAGUGGGGUCUGGAGUGCCCGCUGGAGGGGCCAGCAUAUCAAUGCUUUAGAACUGAGAGCCAUAGGGGAGGCCCAAGUCCACCCGGAGGUGGUCGGAGAGAUCUGGCACCGCUUCGGCAGAGCAAUGGCCGAGGUGGGGAGAUAA